AUGGCGUCCGAGUCAACUACUGGGGCCGUACUCAACGGCGAAAGACCCCUAGGGUCCAACGAAGUACGGACUGCCCGUACUACUUAUGACAAGCAAGAUCUUCGGAUGGAUCGCCUGGAGGCAUUCCUCACUAUUCCCAUUGGCACUAUCAUCGCUUCGGACCUUGACCCUGAAGAAAUUCCAGCGGUUCACGGAGCACGUAUUGACGCCGAACUUGCGGCCAUCCUUCCUUAUCUUCCUCAAGUCUAG